GCAACAGUUGCUGUUAUGACAACCAGCUUUAAAAGUUGGAUGAAUGGCUCCGAAGAAGCAGCAGCGGUGGGUUUCCUCCUCUGAAGUGCCGCAGAAGUGUCUGAAAUGCUCCGUACAGCUGAACAUCCAGGCAGUCACAUGCCCAGGAGUGCUGCUCACUAAGAAGAAUGAUGUCUACCUCAGUGUGUGCAUCAUGGGCCAGUACAGGAAGACCCCCUGUUUGCCGCCGGUCUUCCCCUUACGCUUUCUGCACAAAAUGGUUUUUGUCAAGACUUUCCCCGCCGUUGUUGACCCUGCUGAUGUAGCCGACCUCCUCGAAGCUGACACUACAUCUUUCGAGCUGAUUCAGUUGGUGCCUCCAGAAGGUGAGAUCUUAGCCACAAUGAAGGAAAGCAGCAGAAAUUUCCUGUAUCCUGGUCCCAGACUGAGCUCCAGAGAAGGAGCUGCAGAGAGAGAGAUGCUGAUGAAAAGAUCCUCCUCCUUUCCCGGAAUCUCCCCAAAAGUGGAGUUUACCACAACAUCAGUCAUAGAGGAGAGUGAUGGAGGAGACAGCUGGACUGCCUUCCCUCAUUCUCUUUCUCCAGUAAGGCCAUCUUCAACCCCAGCAAAGAAGUCAUCCAGUGGGCAUUUUUCCAUAACAGAUAAUUUGAACCGUGUCUCUGUGAGAGGUGGGAAGGAAAAGCUAAAUGCUGACCCUGGAACUGCAAACUCUGCAACAUCCAGAUGCUGUCCUGUUUCAUCCUCGUCUGGCUGCAGCCCUCAAAAAAACAAGAAGGAAAGAAAACACACUGCGACCAGACUUUCUGUGGACUGUGGCUACCAGCAGCCCACGGUUUCCUCCAGGACAAGAGCCCUGUCGCCUUAUACGCACCGCAAGAUGUGCCAGCUUUCUGAGGACGCCAGGCAGAGGCUCCACCACCUCCAGCUGGGGCCUCACCACUUCAGGAAGGAGACCGAGAGCCAGCCGCCCUUCCUGGUCUCUCGUUGCAGUAACAUCUCCUGGAUGGAAACACCGUCUUCCUCUGCAGGGAAUACUAGUUUACGUCGACACUCCGUCAGCUUCUCUGCUGAUCACACAGAUUCUUCAUUCCUCAGGAGUUACAGACCAAGAACAUCCAGAGUGGAAUCAGGUUCUGUGAAGGUUCAGUCGCCUCUGGAGACCCCGACUAAACAUGAACCGAAGAUCAAAAGCCCUGCAAGAGGUUCUGCCUCGGCUCAGUCCAGCCUGGCGCUGUCACACUCCAGAAGCCCUCUGAAUGUCAGCAGCCAUUCCCUCAGAGAAAGGUUUCAGACCAGUCAGCCCAGUCCGUCCUACUGGGAGCAGAUCCACAGUCGAGUCCAGAGGAUCCUGCAGAGCCAUAAAACCAACUGGGACCAACAAGUCCUGUGUCCUGUGCUUGAUCUCUCCAUGGAUGUCUCUGCAUGUGGAGCUCCAUGUCUCUGAUCUCCAGCCGCUGGCCUCACCACCUGCUGUCCUACUCUCCUCACCCCAACCUCUCCUGCUAUCCCUCCCCCUCAUCCCCACUCCAACCCAGCCGGUCGAGGCAGAUGUCCUCCCUCCCUGUUCCCUGAGCCUGGUUCUGCACCCCCCACCCCACUAGGGCAGGGAUGUCAAACAUGAGGCCCGCGGGCCAAAAGCGGCCUGCCAGAGGGUCCAAUUCGGCCCGUGGGAUGACUUUGUAAAGUCUAAAAAUUAUAGAGAAUUGUACAUUUGUCAAACUGUAAAUUUAAAAUAAGUCCCAGACCAUGACAAGUUGUUUUGAUCAUAAAGUAAAAUACUAGAUUGCUUAUUGUUCUUUUGUGCCUUUUUUUUGCUGAUUUUUGUCUUGUAUUUUUGGUCUGACUUUGGUCAUUUGUCUCAUGUUUUUGUUGUUUUGUUUCUCAUUUUUGCUGGUUUAUGUUUCCUUUUUGUCUUGCUUGUGUUUUUUGUCUUAUUUUUGUCAUUUUGUGUUUCGCUUUAUUCAUUAUUUUUUGUCUCAUUUUUGUUGUUUCGUGUCUUUUUUUGUCUGGCUUGUGUCAUUCGUCCAUUUUUUGUUGUUGCUUUGUGUCUCAUUUUUGUAAUAUUUUGUCUGACUUUUGUCAUUUUUUAAAAAAUGGAUGCAAAUUCCAAAUCAUUUCUAGAUCUUGAUAAGUUGAUUUGAUCAUAAAGUAAAAUAAUAUAUUGUUCAGUUCCAGACACCUGCGACUAAAUGUUUUGUGCCUUUGUAGAUACACUCUGAUCUGGAAGUUGUAAUACACAUGUAAAUGAUAAACUGAGGCAUAAUGUUUUUGAAAUUGAAUUUAUUUUUUAAAGAAAUUUUAGGUUGUUCCCGAUGUUUUGUAAAAAGAUAAUUUCUUAAAUGUGAACAUUUUCAGAAUGUACUUUUUUGCACUAAAACAAAGGAAAAAUUUGGAACGGUGGGUAUAUUACAGGUUAUUACGCUCUGAUUUUUCUGGUGCUGCCCACUUGAGAUCAAACUGGGCUAAAUGUGGCCCCUGAACUAAAAUGAGUUUGACACCCCUGCACUAGGGGGGUUUUCGGUUCCUUUCCACCAUCACUGACUGCUGCUUAUAGGAAAUCCAAAAGCAACUUUGGAUUUUUGUGUUUUGUUUUCUGUUCUUUCUGUAAAGCGCUAUGUGAUGACUUGUGUUGUAAAUAUGCGGUGUACAAAUAAAAUAAAAUUAAAUCGAAUUGAAUUGAAUAACCUCACACUGAACACCACUAAAACAAUGGAGAUGAUAUUGGACUUCGGGAGGAAGCAUGACACAGAACCCUUCCAUAUCAAAGGAGUAAAGGUGGAAAGAGUUCAGACUUUUAAAUUUCUGGGAGUCCAUGUUUCUGAGGACAUCUCCUCUUCUGGGUUUAUAUCAUCCACAGCAAUACCAGUCUAACAUUGUUCAAGCUGUGGUCCUUAUAAGAUCCCUCUGCCCUAUCAUCUGUCCAUAAACUGUAUCUUUCCUCCACAUGAUGUGUGUGUGAGAAAUGGUCCUAACAAGAACCAUCUCCCCUCCCCCACCUGCUCCAAUCACACCUAUGUAGUGAUUUCAGGUUAAAAAAAAUUUUUCCUUCCUACAACAAUGUAGGAAGGAAAAGAUAAUUAUUAAACUAAACAAACCAACACAACCUGAACUGUGUGUGAUAUAACUAAAUAAACAAAACACAAGAGCAAACUAAAGUGGCCAGAACAAAAGAGAGCGAGACUUUAAAAUGGCCGCCCACUUAUAUGUACCACCUCCACCACCUUUAGAUGCAGGAUGCUUGAAUGCUACAGAGUUAGAGAUAGGAGAAUUUUAGUGAGACUGUCACACAGUUCUCCUUCUUUCGAUUAUGCUUUUAAGCAAGUAUUCAGACUGAUUUCACCAUUUUAUAUCACAGCUUCAAUGCUUACUGUACUGUGUGUGAAUGGUAAUGCAGUGUGUUGGAUGUAUGCAUACCUGCUAAUGUCUCUACUUCAGGAGACUUAUGGGUUCAUAUCACCCACAGCAAUACCAGUCUAACACUGUUCCAGCUGUGGUGCUUAUAAGACCCUUCUGUCCUAUCAUCUGUCCAUAGACUGUAUCUUCCACAUGAUGUGUGUGUGAGAAACGGUCCUAACAAGAACCAUCUCCCCUCCACCACCUGCUCCUAACCCAAAACACUUAUUUCAUCUGCCUACACUUCCACAAAGAUCACGAACAUCACCCAGCCUUUCACCAACUGCAUCAAUAAAAGUGGGGUGGGAAUACAAAUGCUAACUGCUAAUCCAACCAGCAUUGCCACGUUCAACUGACCCAGGCCCAUUUAGGAGAUGCUCCAGGUAGUGAACAGUGUCGAUGCUAACAUUUAGUUAGCUGCUAAUGCUAACUGCUAAUUCAACCAGCACUGUCACCUUCACCUAUAACAUUGCUCAAGCUGUGGUCCUUAUAAGACCCAUCUGCUGUAUUGUUUGUCCAUAAACUGUAUGUAUGUAUCUUUCCCCCCACAUGAUGUGUGUGUGAAACGGUCCUAACAAGAACCAUCUCCCCUCCACCAGUGAUUUCAGUUAAAAAAAAUAAAAUAAAAUAAAAUAAAAUAAAAUAAUAAUAAUAUGAUAAUAAUUUCUUAUCUGUUCAUGACAAUGGCUUGUAAACAGCUGUAUUUUUGUUGUGUUUAUUUUUUUAUGGUUACCAUUUUUAUGUAUUGAUUUGGAAAUUUGUGGCCCUCCAGUAUCUCUGUUGCUCUUUAUAACUGCGCGCGGAGUUACUCUGGCGUGUGCUGUGUCAUAAAACCCGUGCUCCUGCUUGGCUCCACACCUGCUCUGUCAUCUAGUUCAGACCGGAUUACUGCUCUACACGCGCACCGCGGCGGUGUUAAUACUGGACAUGGUGAGUUAUUUUUGCUUCAUAAUAAUGUGCUGUUCAUUAUACUUGCAUGCGGUUUUCAUACGUAAGUUAAAGCAACGUAACUAACGUAGCUAACUGUGUGUCGAUGUGCUCAAACUUCACGAUGGUGAUUAGCUAGCGGCUAAUGUUACGUUCGCUAACGGUUAGCGGCUAACGUCAAGUACUCCAGAGGGCUGUACUAAGAAGCCAGUUCAACAUAGACGGGCUUUCUUUGUGUAACUCUGCUCAAUAAAACCUAAAGCUAGCCUUAGUUAGAGUUAACGAUUAUCACAAAGGUGGUUAUCAGUUUUCUUUGUCAGGCGUUCUUCUUCAGAUCCUGUGCGCGUUCCCAUGAAAGUGGCCGUUUUAGCGCGUCAUGUGCCGCUUUUCCAGCACAUAAUGAACCGAAAGUGUGCAGCUGCUUCAGUCAGCAGGUUAUUAUGAGAACAAUGAUGAAUAUAAAAUAUGUGAUGGCAUAAAUAGGGUGACCAGACGUCCCGAUUUACCCGGGACCAUCCCGUUUUUGAGCCCUGCGUCCCGUGUCCCAGCGGAUUUUACUACCCCCAUUGUUUUGUCCCGUUUUUAUACAAGCGCGGUCCCGGGCGUCCUGGCUUUUUCCUUCUUCCCCUCUUCAAUCAACACGCACCACACUACAUGUUAUUAGCCAAAAUAGUGCAUUAUGGUUAAAACGUGUUGUCUUUGGGCCAUGUAUAUGUCAAUCAAAGUGUUGUCAUGGUAAUUUAUAUAUGAACCUAUUAAAAAACUUGUCGGCCCUCCGUGUGUCUGUAUCUUGAUGCUCAUUGGUCCGUGGUGUUGUGUUUAUACGUUCACAACAGCCAGCUCCACGCCGCGGCUCGAAUGAAUCAGUUCACCGGCACAACAUGCCAAAAAGAAAAUCGAGGCUAACUACAGAGCUCCUGGAGCAAUACAGCUUUUUAAGAAAAGUUUCGGGAAACGAAAAUGCAGCAUUUUGUUCACUGUGUAAGUGUGAGUUUUCCGUUUCUCAUGGUGGAAAAGCCGACGUGCAGAGCCACAGCAAAACUAGCAAACACAAGAGGUGGGAACAGGCGGGAAGUAGCUCUGUUAGCGCAUUUUAUGGACCUGCAGCUGCUGGCGAUCAAGAACUUAAACGUGCUGCUCAGAAGGCCACAUUUGCCUACCACCUGGUGAGACACAAUCAAAGCUUUCGUUUCGUUUCGAAAAAAUGCGCUCCACAGGGGCAUUUGUGCCAGGAAUCCUGGCACAAAUGCCCCUGUGGAGCGCAUUUUUUCAAUAAUGAACAAUACAUGGACUGAUGAGAGAAACCGCAUGUCGUUGGACACUUUGAAAGCACUGCUUAUUACUCGGGUUAACAUUCAUGUUAGCUGCUCUGAGUUUUAUGAAAGCAUAACUCCAAACCAUAGCUUCCUUAAAAAGGUACACUCAAGUUUGAAGUAUUAAAGUGGAAUAGAAUUCCCAUCUUCAUUACAUAAGUGCACAUUUUGAUUGUUUUGUUCACCUGUUUUUGUGGUGAAAUGUUUAAUGGUUUAAAUUCCACUUAAUUUACCAAUUAUUUUACUUCCAUAAUAUAUUGAGAGUCAAAUGUGUUCAUGCUGUAAAACAUUCAUUGACUUCAAUAAAUUUCUUCUUGCAGAGAA